AUGGGAAUCAGUGAGCUGCUUGGACCUUUUCCUCCAUGUCCAGAUGGCUGGUCUCACUUUAGAGGACGGUGCUUCAAAUAUCAGGCUACCAAACUAGAUUGGGCUUCUGCCGAGAGAUUCUGCCUGAAUCUCGGUGCACACUUAAUCUCAAUACACAAUGAGGCAGAAUAUCGGCAUGCCAAGUCCUUUAUCCGUUCUCAAGACCCCAGCGAGUCUCCAACAUGGAUGGGCCUUUUUGGCUGUGAAAAGCAAUUUAACUGGUUCUGGUCUGAUGGCACACAAUUGACUUUUACCAAGUGGAAUCCAGGUGAACCAAAUUUUAAUGAACCAAAUGAAUGCUGUGUGCAUAUGAACUGGCUUCAUAACUCUGGCGCUAAGAACUGGAAUGACAUUCCAUGUCAUCAUGCCUAUCCUUUUGUGUGUGUCAAGGGAAGAAUCGGCCCACCCAUAAUUCCAUUAAAAUAACACAAUUUUGGAUUUUUU